AUUGUAAUGCAUUUCAAAAAUUGUUUUUUUUUUUCUUUCUCCCGGUCCCGGCACUUCAAAAUUCUGAACUUUGGCCAUUAUCCGAAAAGUCGGGUCCAAUUAUGUCCAUCAGUUGUUCGUUUUAAUCUGACUGCAACCAAUUCAUCUGCUCUUCUUUUAAGUUUUCGUGGUACUCUUGAGUCUUGACAGCUGAAGAUGAAGCAAGGGCUUCUGCUAUGGAGUCCUUGCCAUCCCUUUCGCUCUUUGUGUUCCUUCCCCUCCCUGUCGUUUUCUCCUCCCUCCGUUCGCAUUCAGAUAAGAAAAUGUUGUGCUGUGGUAUCCGCAAAUCUCGAGUCCGGUAACGGUGGACAGUUGACGGCGAGAGAGAGGAGGCAAUUGAGGAACGAGCGGAGACAGAGCAAAUCCACCAAUUGGAGAGAAGAGGUUGAGGAGAGGCUGUUGAAGAAGCCCAAGAAGAGGUACGCUUCUUGGACCGAAGAGCUCAACCUCGACAACCUCGCUCUCUUGGGUCCUCAAUGGUGGGUUGUUCGGGUUUCCAGGGUUACUGGUCAGGAGACUGCGGAAAGACUAGCUCGCUCCCUCGCCAGAAAUUUUCCGGACAUUGAUUUCAAGGUAUAUGCUCCUUCAGUUAAGGUGAAAAGGAAGUUAAAGAAUGGCUCCUACUCGGUCAAGCCAAAGCCCCUCUUUCCCGGUUGUGUCUUCUUAAGAUGUGUACUGAACAAGGAGAUACAUGAUUUCAUCAGAGAGUGUGAUGGAGUUGGUGGCUUUGUUGGAUCAAAAGUUGGUAAUACAAAACGGCAGAUCAAUAGGCCCAAGCCAGUGUCAAUGGAUGACAUGGAAGCAAUCUUCCAACAAGCAAAAGAAGAGCAGGAAAAGACUGAUCAAGCAUUUGAAGAAGAACAACAAGGAGGAGUCUUCAAUGAGGGAGAUCUAAAUAUUCUCUCUCAUUCAAAUGGCAAAGAUGCUAUAGGAUCCAUGGAAGGUGUGAAGCCUAAAAGGCGGACAAAGAAAAGUUCAGAGCCUAUUGCAAGUAGCUCAUUGACAGUAGAUAAUGAUAAGUUGAUUACACCAGGUUCUCGUGUUCAAGUAGUGUCUGGGCCUUUUGCAGAGUUUACUGGAAGCCUUAAAAUUUUGGACAGCGAAACAGGAAAGGCAACUGUUGGGUUCAUGCUGUUUGGAAAAGAAAGCUUGGUAGAAUUAGAUGUCAAUCAGAUUGUUGUAGCACAGACAACAUAAUGACAGAGUUUUUAUGCCCCAAAUAUAAUAAUAAAAUGGUGAGUUGCUCAUUCCAGAAAAUCCAAUUCUUUCUUUUUCACAAUACGUUCCAAAACAUAUGAGCCAUUGAAUGUAUAGUGAAUUAUUAUAAAUCAAUCAAAAAUAAAUGCAUGCAAACCAAGUUACUAUUGUUAGCAAAAAGACAUCACUAUGAAUGUAGGACUCCAUGCUCCAUUUGGAAUGUGGGAAAUUUCACAAUGAACAAUUGAACACUUGUUUGUGAAA